UGCCGAUUUUAGUGUGUGGGAAGAGCAAUGCUGUCUGUCUCCCCGUGGACGCCUCACUUGUUUUGGAAUGCCAGACGACUCCCGCGUGUUCCCUGCAAAAGAAAGAAGAAUGGAGACGCUGCCGCUCCACUGAUCCCUGCUGGCAGGCUGGUCAGAUGGUGAGACUCUACAUGGAGGUUAUGCAUCCAGUCCGUGGGCGUUACAGGGGCAUCGCUACAACUGACACCGCGCACAAUGGCACCAGCCUACAGUUUUUAGAAAACAACCAGAAAAUGCAGAAAAAUUCAGAAGGCUUGUUGUCUGGCCUUUGUUCUCCAUCAUUUCCAGGAAUGAAUAAUGAUGGCCAAGAUAAAGAGAAACAGGAGGCUACCGAGGCCAAGUAUCUCAACUCUCGCUGUGUCCUUUUGACUUAUUACCAUGGGGACAUCAGCAGUGUAGUGGAUGAACACUUCUCGAGGGCUUUGAGUAACUACACCGAAGAAGACAAAAAGAAGUGUGACACAGAACAUGGAGCAGACAGUUCAUCUUCAAGGAGCAAACGGUGUUUCCCACCUUCAUUCUGGGACAGUACCUACAACUCCCCAGCAAAUAGGAGCCAUCAUGGUGGACCUCCAUACUCAGUGGAUAUGUACCACUCUGCCAUCCAUCCUGCCUUCUCCCAGCCUCACCAGCCUGAAUCUUGGAGUUACUCUCAGAAUCCAUCAUAUCCUCAUCCUCGCCCCUUUCAUGAACUUUAUCGUCCUGAAGGUCUGGAAACCCACUAUGCAUCUCUUCUUGUGCCAGCUUCACACACUAACAGGCUCCCAGCCAUCCCCGGCCAUUAUGACAUUUCAAAGUUGGAUCCUGCAUCCACAUGGCCUGGCCUUCUACCAACCAGUGAUAUUGCACAGACUUUCAAUAUAGACACAAGUACUUCCAUGCUGAGACAGCUGCAAUAAGCAUUUUGUUUUUGUGUGCCUUGAGGAUGCCCUUCAUAACAGUAAACGGUUAUCUUUUUGUGGUGCCCAGCCUUCACCCAAUGGCUUUUUAACCUACAGGGAUGUAUUGCAUCUAUUCUUUGAACUCACGGCCAAAUUCUGAGUAUUAUGGAACUCUGCUCUAUUAUGAUGCUUUGUUUUCUUGUUUGUGCAUUCUACCUUUGAAUUAAAAAAAAUCUGCAA